UUCCUUGCUUUUUGAAUUGAGCUCCAACAGCAGGCUGACACCUUCUCGGGGCUAUUUAGAAGUUGUUUGCGUUCUAGUAAAGCAGCCACAUAUCGAUAAUUUGGACUGUUUGGGGCAACAUGCAUUGAUGCAAUACUUGAAAUUCAACGGAGACAUGUUACAUAUUCUCUAAGGAGUGUUUUGGACCGAAAAGGAAUUACCAAGUUUUGUUCACAGUGUUGUGGACUAGCCCGGUAGCUAGCUAAGGUAGCUAGAGAGCUGAUUCAAGUUAACUGGUUCAGCAGCCGGUUUAGCUCCAACGGCUCCCGUUUCUGAUACCCCUUUUUCCAGUUUUUAUUCUUUUAAGUACUGGCCAACAAAUCGUCCGCUUGGACAGUUUGGUGCCUCCUCAGGUUCCUGCUAUGGCUGACAGCAGCAUAUUGACUUUAGGGACAGCUCGGAGCCUGUUGGUGGAUUCUUCAGUCUAUGAUUCUAGGAUCGCCGAAAACACCAAGGACCAUGUAUUUCUUGGCAUGGCGUCUGAAGAUGGGGAAGAUAUGCUGCCAAAAGUGGAGACAAGGGUUGUUCUGGUGGGAGACGCAAGCCGAAAUGGAGCACUCGUCAAAGCACUGCAGGCUGUCAGAGUAAUGGAGGUACCAGUGGUAAAGAUAAGAGAAGGCGAGGCGGGUGCUGAGGAGAAAAUGAUGAUAAAAUCUAUAGUCAAUAUGGACAUCAACAUUCCAUGCAUAAUGACAGACCACGUCCAGGAGUUUGGAGAUGAGGGCACUGAAUUUGAGACGGUGUUUGUCCUCACAGACUUUGAUUCUCCUGACUACAGCUACCUCUAUAAACGCGACAACCGCAUUGUUGGGCCUCCUGUUGUGCUGCACUGUGCUGCGAAGGAAGAACCUCUGCAGUUUUCAUGUCGUCCUCUCUACUCCACCACCAUGCUUAACCUGUCGCUGUGUUUCACCGGCUUCAGGAACAAAGAAGAAAUGAAGAACUUGGUGAAUCUGGUUCAUCACAUGGGAGGAACCAUCCGCAAAGACUUCAGCACCAAGGUCACUCAUCUCAUCGCCUACUCCACUCAUGGGGAGAAAUACAGGCUGGCAGUGUGUCUGGGGACGCCCAUCCUCACUCCAUCAUGGAUUCAUAAGGCCUGGGAGAAAAGAGAUGACGUGUACUUCCAUGCAGGUGAAGAGGAGUUUCGAACAGAGUUCAAAGUGCCUCCCUUCCAGGACUGCAUCCUGAGUUUUUUGGGUUUCUCAGAGGAAGAGAAGGCCAACAUGGAGGAGCGGACUCUAAAACACGGGGGCCGUUAUCUUGAGGUUGGAGGUGAGCGCUGUACACACAUGGUGGUGGAGGAGAACUCGGUAAAGGAGCUGCCAUUUUGUCCCUCCAAGAAACUCUUCGUGGUUAAACAGGAGUGGUUCUGGGGAAGCAUUCAGAUGGACGCUCGGGCUGGGGAGUCCAUGUACCUCUACGAGAAGAACGACAGUCCAGCCAUGAAGAAGGCAGUUUCCCUCAUGUCCCUCACAACACCAAACAGUAACCGUAAGCGUCGGCGUCUCAAGGACACGCUGGCGCAGCUCACCAAGGAGACAGAGAUCUCCCCCUUCCCUCCACCACGGAAGAGGCCGUCAGCAGAGCACUCCCUGUCCAUGGGUUCUCUGCUGGACAUCUCUAACACCCCUGAGACAUGCAAGGCCUUGACAGGUAGGAUGAUGAGAAGGAAAAGCAAGAGGAGGAGGGUUAGGAUAGACAGGGAAGAGUGGAGGUCCUUCCGGAGUACAGAUACCCUUCAACAUCCACAGGAGCAGCAGCAGCAAAGAACUUCUGCAGAGAGUACGAAGCCAUCUAGGAGUUCAACUCCAGCUGUGCCCAAGCAGUCUGCCAGGUGGCAAGUCUCCAAGGAGCUCUACCAGACUGAGAGCAACUAUGUAGACAUUUUAAGCACCAUCCUACAGCUGUUCAAAGAUCCACUGGAAAAAGAGGGGCAGGUAGGCGGACCAAUCCUUGCCCAAGAAGAAAUUAAGACGAUAUUUGGCAGUAUCCCAGAAAUUUAUGAGGUCCACACCAGAAUAAAGCAUGACCUUGAGGAACUCCUGACAGACUGGUUAGAUGACAGGAGUGUAGGAGACAUCAUUCUCAAAUAUUCUAAAGAGCUGGUGAAGGCCUACCCACCAUUCGUCAACUUCUUUGAAAUGAGCAAGGAGACUGUUGUUCGGUGUGAGAAACAAAAGCCACGCUUUCAUGCUUUUCUCAAGAUCAACCAAGCCAAGCCAGAGUGUGGCAGGCAAACACUGGUGGAGUUGCUCAUCAGACCUGUACAGAGACUGCCUAGUGUGGCCCUUCUUCUUAACGACAUAAAGAAACAUACAUCAGAUGACAACCCUGACAAAAUAAAACUGGAGAAGGCAAUUGAUUCUCUGAAAGAAGUCAUGACUCACAUCAAUGAGGACAAGAGGAAGACUGAAGGCCAGAAGCAAAUCUUUGAUGUUGUUUAUGAAGUAGAUGGCUGUCCUGCUAACUUGCUGUCAUCCCAUCGUAGUCUGGUUUACCGCGUAGAAACCAUCGCCCUUGGAGAUCAGCCAUGUGACCGCGGCGAAAGUGUCUCUCUCUUCCUCUUCAAUGACUGCCUUGAGAUUGCAAGGAAGCGACACAAGGUGAUCAAUACAUUCAAGAGUCCAUUGGGACAGACAAGACCACCGCCACCACUCAAACACAUUGCACUGAUGCCACUGUCCCAGAUCCGAAGAGUGCUGGACCUGCAGGACACAGAAGAGUGUGUGAAUGCAUUCGCCUUGGUGGUUCACCCUCCGACUGAACAGGAGAAUUUGUUGUUCAGCUUCCAACUGGUCGGAGAGGACACCGUUAAAAGCGCCUGGCUGCGAACACUCUGUCGCCAUGUUGCCAACACCAUCUGCAGGGCUGAUGCGGAGGACAUGAUUCAGUGCACAGACCCAGACUCACUACAGGUCAGCACCAAGGAUAUGGACAGCACCCUGAGCAAAGCUUCCAGAGCCAUUAAGAAGACCUCUAAAAAGGUGACGAGGGCGUUUUCAUUCACUAAGACCCCGAAGCGUGUGAUCCAGAGGGCAUUCAUGGCCAGCAGUACUCCAGAUGAGAAAACCCAGAGGCUGAGUUAUGAGACCCGCAUCGGCAGCAGCUCCACACUGGCUAUGUCUCGCUCUGCCUCUACAUUCAGUUUGAAUGACUCUACCAAGAGCAGUGCUGUGGUGCAGCGCUCAAACUCUCUCGAUCACCCUCUGGUCAGAGCCAGGGUCCCUGUCUGUGUCCGUAUCCCCUGCAGCCCAUCCCAAAAAAACCCUGCCCUUAGCCCUGGUCCCAGUAAAGCCACUGAGUUCAGCCAAAGUCCCUGCCCCAAAUAUUGUCCUAGUACCCAAGAAUCCAAGUUCAUCCUUCAUGCCCCAUUAUUGACCCAACCAGCACAACUUCAUUCAGGCCUCCCCACUUCCCGGCAGUCCACAACUUUAACCACCUCCACUUCCAUUCGAACCAUCCGAAACUCCACUCAGCUCAACCCUCAAAGCGCCCAGGCACAAUCAAGCCAGCAUGUGUCCAGACACCUCCAUUCUGUAGGGUUUCCACUAAGGUCCCUGGCUCCUCAGCCUGUUAAUGUCAAAGGUGGGACCCUGUCUGAGUCAUGCAGGGAUCCCCAAGUCCAAUUGGACCCACGCAAGGCUGUCCCGACCAGUCAUCGCAGGGAGACUCUGCUCUAAACCAUUGCUAAAAUCAAUCCUGGAGCCUGAUGCACACCAUUCCCCCUCCAUGGUCCAACUGCCUUCCAUGUUUGAGAGAAAGUACCACACAUUCAGUCGUUCAACCACCCACCUCUUCUGAGUUCCACUGAGGUCCAUCCAUCCCACCUUCUUUGCCUUGACUAACAGAAAGACGUGACCACACAGGCCUCCGUGUACAAAGUUACCGCUUCAUGUAGAGUAUCGCAAAGCAGUUUUUGUCCAUACUGAAGCUCUUCACGAACUUUCCAAUCUAGAAGAAUUUUCAUUUAGCCACAUUUGGAAAAAUUAGAUGCACUGAAGCUAGGGACAUCAGUCUCAUAUAUGGCAGUAUCAGAAUAGUCCAGCUGCUGCUCACAAAGUUUCCAGGCUGGAGCUUUCGCUGUGUAGGGUUGAAACAAUAAACCAGUUGUUCAUCAACCUGAAGCCUAUCAUAUGAUUUGGUGAAUCUUCCCAAACAAUUCCUGAAUGACGACUGUAUCACUAGGAGCGAACUGGAACAGUACCACACCAUGCGAGGGGCUAUAUGUGUUUGCUUGGCACUGGUGCUUGUGAGGUCUGCCUCACCCUUAGAAAUGAAGGACGUUCUGCUUGUUGUCUGCAUUUGAUAAUAGAUUAUCUUGACCUAAACAUUUUUUUAUAUAUAUAUAUAUAUUUCCUUUAACAGACAUUUGCCACAUUUUGUGUACACGUUGCCAUUGUAGUGUUAACACUUACUAUAGACCAAGUAUGCAACAUGAACCCUGUGGUUAAAAUGGGCACUUUCCCCUGGAUUCUUGUUUGAUUUCACUGUGCUUUGCUGAAUAAAUCAACGUUUUAUUCUAGAUGUUGAUCUAUUUCUCUGCACGUUACAACAACAAAGGUAACAGGUAAGGCAUGCAAACCUCUCCGUGUGCUUAAUGUACUAGUUAUACAUGACGUCUCCUAAUCUUUACUGUGUCAUUGCUCUUUUAAUUAUCGUACUUUGUGAGAAACCUUAACUUACAUUUCAUUUUCUUAUAUUGUAAGGUGGCUUGACCUAAUUUGACCAUAUAUAUUAUUAUUGUUGUAAUUAACACCUUAAUGUAAACCUAUUAUAGAUAUCUUCUAUUUUAACAUUUGAGAAACUCGGUCGAGAAGAAUAAAAGUGCUUAAGCUCUAAUUUCCUGUUCAGCCGUCCAUGUUUUAAAAUAUGUUUCUGUGUGUCUACAUAGUGUCCGUGUGUCUAAUGUUAAAGAAGGGAUGCUGCAUUGGUGUAUAUAUUUAUUCUUGAUUGAUACAUUUUAUACCUGUUUUCUUUUUUUCACUUGUUAUUUAUGUUUUUCUUGCCACUUUUACAUCCGUUGUUUCACUGCUCUUGUCACUGAGCAAGAAUUGUCUCUGGUUGUUUGAUCUCUGUAUUAAAUGCACUUAAACACGCA